AUGAUGAACAGAGACGUCUUGAAUGAUUUAUACCAGAUUAACUAUAAAUCCGAGGAUUUAUCAAAUUCCAACGUAAAAGCUAAGCGAAGCGAUGAACUAGAAUGGAAGACAAUAAUUACAGUUAUAGAAGAAAUUGAAGGUAACGGACUUUUUUUUCUUUCUUCGCAAGACCCGCAAACAAGGCACUAUGGAAUUUCUAUAUUGAAAUUGGUAGAACAAUUUGAUCAGGCUAUUUAUAAUAUGUCUGAUACUGUUCAAAAUCAAGGCAAACUUCCUGGUGUUCCAACUACCUCUAAUUCUGGAACGAGCAAAGGGCAUUCUAGAAGUUCAUCUAAGUUUGCAGCAGAUAUCGGUACACGUUUGAUUCAUGUUUUAGAGGACACUGAUUUCUUGGGACUCAUUAAGCCGUUCAAGAAUGAACUUAGCGUGCCAGAACGAAGUCGCUUAUCAAAGUUAAAAAAUAAAAAGAACAUAUUAGUUAAAUUGGCGGAAUCAGAUUAUGGGAUAGACUCCACUUUAUGGUUCAGACUUUAUCCUAAAUUGUUGGAUAUCUUUUUUGAAAGAUGUCCUAUGCCUGUUGCCAUGUGUCGCUCAAUAGUCUGUGUUCGAAUGGUUCAGAUGUAUGAAUUUGUAUUCGAGUUUUCAGAAAGUUACAAAAAUUACACAAGCUCAUUAUUUGGGAAAACAAGUACUAACAUCCCUCCUGAAGUAUUGGUAAACCAAUGGAGGCUUUACUUAAUAUUUGCUUGUUGUUCUUUGACCUCUACAAAUGAACAGAAAAUAUCGUUCCCCUCUCAGCCAACACACGGAAGAAAGAAAUCAAUGCAAAUGUUUAUUCAACACCAAAAGAUUACUAGUGCUAAAUCAGUGUUCAGAAUGGUGCUACCAUUUUUAAGAUCGCAACAGCCAAUGGUAAGAGAUGCUGUAAUUUCGGGUUUGACUUGUAUUAAUAUAAAUAUUUUCAAGACGCUAUUGGAAAAUCUUCCAGAAAGUGUGAAUGAAUGGGAAGUAAAUAGCAAAGCGAGAGAUGCAGCAGAAGAUCGCUUACGGAUUGAGGUUAUACACAUUCUAUGUAAUAUUACUAAUCGGUUCAAGUCGGAUGCAUUUAUAUAUUCAGAUGAGUGGAUGAUUGCUAAUCUAGUUUCUAUUAUAAAGAAUGUUAAAUCAUUUUUGUCCGUUCCCUUGGUGCAAACAGACGUCGAAUUUCAAAGGUUACGUCGUUAUUUUUGUGGAUUUUUAGAAAAUGUCUUCAUUGGACUACAAAAUAACUCAGAUUUGAAUAAAUGGUUGCCAUUUGAAGCCAGAAUAGGCUGCUUUAAUUUUUUGAAGGAGUGGUGCGGCGUUGGAGAUUCGGCAGAUGUCACUGAAGAUAGAUAUAGCACGAUGAUUAAAAGGGUGAAACAAUUAAAGGAAACAACUUCUACUGUGGCUAUUCUAGAGGUUGAAAAGAAAGCAUUGCAAUUUGCAUCACUAAGUACCAUGGCAAUUUUGUGCUCCGGUCCCAUAAAGCAGAAAAUAGAAGUGGUCGGCAAGAUUGCUGUUAUGUCAUUUGACAUCCCGGAAUUAAUGGAUUGGGUUCAUGUAUUGAUGUGCUCUGACGAUGAGAGAGUAAAUGAAAUGGGAAAUUUGGCGCUUAGAAAUAUUCUACAUUUGAACUUGAACAAUGAUGAAAUAUAUCAAGUAGUUUUAAAGCAGUGUUAUUCAAAACAAUCUUCCUCUAAGGUGACAAAGAGCUUUUUCACAAUUUUUGUUGAUAUAGUUAUGAAGCUUAAACAAUUUGAAGGAAUACCGUUCGAUAUAAUAUGUUUAUCAACGGUAAUGAUCGGACACGAAGAAUAUGAGGUGAGAAUUUCGGCAAUUAAAUUACUUGUAUUCUUGGAAGAAAAGUUUUACAAUUCUUCUGCUGUUAAUUCAUUUUCGGAAUGUGUUUGCAGCAGAUCGAAGCUUGUGUUUCAAAAGGCUUUAUUUGACAUUUCAACUCAUCUUGCAUCUUUACAUCCUGAAAGUGCUUAUGUUAGAAUAAGUCAUUUAACAAUGUUUUUCGAUCAUGUUGAUGAAUGGUCUAAGAGAAACACAUUAACCUGCUUGCGUCCAUGGGUUCUGACUAUAGAAUUGAAAUAUACAGAAGAUACUCAGGAUAUAGCUGAUCAAAAUUCUAAAUCAAAAAGUUCAACUAACAAGCUAGAUAUCCCAUCUAUUAUGGUUCUUAAUAAUUUAAUUGAAAUUACUGUAAAAUUUAGUUCAACAGUCCUGAAUGAGGUCGAAGCCUUAUGGGUAGCAUUGGGAAGUAAUCUAAAUAACUUUGAUAAAAUUUUUGAAUUCAUUAUGAAUAAUUGCUUGGAAAGAAAAAACCCAAUGAUGGUUAAAUAUUCAUGUCAAAUAGUCGAUUAUUUAACGUUUUGUCAACCCAACCCAUU